UAAUUUAAUGUCGUGACACGAGCACAACGUUGAUAAGAAAUUCAAUACAACCAAUAGAAACGAAAUGGUGGUGAUGACAAGCAAUGCCUAAAUCAAUCCAGUACGAUAACGCACAGAAUAUCAUACGGAUCUGCGUAAUUACUUCCAAUACAUUCUACGAAGUCUAAGAUAUCGGUAAAAUCAGCAUGUCGGUUGAAAAAGCACCACGAAUUCUUUCGAUACAGAGUCACGUAGUGUCCGGUUACGUUGGUAAUAAAAGUGCAGUAUUUCCUUUGCAGUUGUUGGGUUUCGAAGUAGAUGCAAUUAAUUCCGUUCAACUUUCCAAUCACACUGGCUACAAAGUCUUCAAAGGUCAGGUGCUAAAUGACAAGGAUUUAGAGGAAUUGAUAAAUGGUUUAGUAGAGAACAAUUUGAAUAAUUACACGCAUCUGAUUACCGGAUACGUUGGUUCUGCUUCGUUUUUAAAAAAAAUAACAGAAGUGAUCCGCACGUUGAAACAGAAAAACCCAAGUCUCAUAUAUGUGUGCGAUCCAGUUAUGGGAGACAAUGGAAAAAUGUACGUUCCUGAAGCGUUAAAAGAAAUUUAUAGAAAAGAAAUAGUACCACUGGCUGACAUUGUAGUACCGAACCAGUUUGAAUUGGAAUUAUUAAGCAACACAAAGAUUAAUACAAUGUCUGAAUUACAAAAUGCUUUGAAAGAAUUGCAUAAAAUUGGUCCCCAAACUGUGGCUGUUUCAUCAACAGAGAUGAAUGACAAACUAACAGCCAUAGUCAGUACAAGUAAAGACAAUAAGUUGAUAAAAAUUGACAUUCCAAAGAUACCAGCAAACUUCACAGGUUCUGGAGAUCUGUUUGCUGCUUUAUUCUUAGCUCACACGUAUUUACAAGACAAUAUAAAAGCUGCCAUUGAAAAAACUAUAAAUUCUUUAUACAGAGUCCUGCUAAAGACUUAUGAAUAUUCCAAAGCAUGUCAAGAUAAAGAAUCUCAACUUGCAAGAAGAAUUGAACUGCGUUUAAUACAAAGCAAGAACUGCAUUGAAAAUCCAGAAAUUUGCUUGUUUGCUGAACCGCUUACAUCAGCAAAUUAAAUGGUUCAUUAAUAUAUAUCAAUAUGUUGUACAUAUAUAUAUUAAACUUUCUGUUAAAUCUAACGUUACUGAUCCGGCUCGAAGGACCAAAUGUCCUCGAUCAAAUUGUCUCGCGCUAGACUUGAAUAUCGCACUCGUGUGUGCCUGAACUUGAGUUAACUACGAUCGUUUCGCGAUUGAACUCCUUACGCCCGAAGAACCACCCACGACAAUGUGGUCGAUUUACCGAAGUCGACGUGUUCUACUGCGUACUGAGGAAAUCUCGAGGUUUUCGAUGUACUCGAGACGAGUGUCUCCGAAUUUCUACCGACGAGAGAUUAUACGUAUCUCUCCCUUAACACUUUCUAUUAACUUACAAUACAAUCAAUAUUUUAAUGUCUUCCAAUAUCAAAAAAUUACUUAGUUUACUAUUUAUUAACUUACGAAAGCUUAUGAAAUGAAAAAUACUUUUUAUGAA